AUGCGCAAGAUGAUGGCAUGCCCACGUCUCAUCAUGACAGUGAGCGACGUUGCCAUCCACUGGAUGCCCUUGGUUGCGUCGAUGGAGCAGAAUGUUGGUAACAUUGGCAAGGUGCUGCUCAUGGCGGGACAGAGCGACUGCUUUCAAAGCUUCAUGUCUGCCGAAGAGAAUGAACUCUUUGACACAGUGCAACGCACUGCCCCGAGAUGCCGCUGCACUAUCGCACUGCCAAUGGCGGUCCUGAUGUCAGCGAUCACCGCGCACGGCGUAUCCGUCGAUGCUCUUCGCACGUGCCCAUCGUUCAAGAGGCCGCCUCUGCCAACCAUCGACCGCGCCAUCCGAACCGCCAUCCGUGACGGCCGUACAGCACCGAUGACCUGUCCAAGGCUUACCUCUUCGUUCCAGGCACCGACGUGUCGUGCUGAUUGCAUGCACGGCACGUACUCUGGCAACAUUGAGUCGAUGCGUCCCGUGAGCGCAGCCAUCGAGCGCAAUCUCUCCAGCUGA